GUAUCACUUUAAAAAGUAAUGGAGAUACUCUAAUUGAAGCUCUCACCUCGAUGGAGAUGAAGCCACGAAGAAACCAAAUCCAAAUCCAAAUCCAAUGACUACAAGAUCAAACGAAACGCCCUCAUUUUUCAAGGUUCUGAGCAACGUGGAUUACAGUAAGCUACUGCGUUUGCCGAGAAAAUACGAGUUAACUCCGCCUGAGAAUGUGAAGCUGAGAGCGGAUGAUUCUGGAAGAAGAUGGAAUGUGAGGGUGCAGCGAAUGGAUGAUGGCUUGCUUUGCUUCACGAAUGGUUGGGAGAAGUUUGCGGAAGAUGCUGCUCUCAAACUCGGAGAAUUUCUGGUUUUCUCUGUGGUUGCGAAAUCCGAGUUUAGUGUAUUGAUAUACGAAACUAGCUCUUGCAAAAGGGAGAUUCCAAACCCUUCGUCCUUCACUGAUUGGUCGAAUUCUCACGGUGGCGGAGAUGAAAUUGAGAGUGGGAUUAAGAGGAGAAGAGGAAGGCCACCUCUCAACAGAAAAAGAGAGACCACACUGGAGAUUCCACCCAGUCGUCGUUCGAGGGUUGAAGUGAAAUCCCAAGUAAAGGGCAUUUGUAAAAGAAAUGGUUAUUCCAAGAAGAGCGAUCCACUCUGCUUUGAGAGGUUGCUGAAGACGCAUCACAGAUCAUUGCUUACUCUUCCUAAGAAGUUCAUGGUGGCGACUAAUAUGAGGAUGAAAAAGCAAGUGGGGAUGAAGUACGUCGGCAACUGCCGCGGCGGCGUAUCUCAUGUCGUCGUCGCUCCUCGGCUGCAGAAGGAUAGAAUUGACUUGGGAGAAGGCUGGCGAAAAUUCCGGGUGGCGAAUGGGAUAGAGUUCGGCAAAACCUACUCUUUCAGAGUUCAAUCCCGACGACCAAGUCAUCUAUGUCGACCAGAAGUAGAUUCGUCGGAAUGAGGAAGCGUUUACUUUGCACGAGUGAUAAGAUUACUGAUCGUGUAUCUGAGGAUUUCUCUAAUCCCAUAUUUUCGAUGGGAUGAGAAUCAAGUUCAAUCAGCUAGCUUAAAUGAUAGAAAUAAUUAAGGGUCUUGGGAUAUCAUAAAGUUUCAAUCAAUCAACGUAAACAAGGGUUUAGUAGGUUGCAUAUUAUUAUUAUUAUAAAUGAUUUUGGUAGUUUUUGUAUUGAGUUAGUAGCAUUGAAUAUGCAUGGAAAGAUUGUCACUUGCAUGGAUCUUUCUGUUCUAAUUAAUGCAAGCUUUUCUUGUA